GUUAUGAUGUUAUUGUUUGGUCUUGGUCGCUUAUAUUUAUUUCGUUGUCAGUCACAAUACUAUUCAUUUUCCUAUCCAGCUUCUGGGUACAAGCUAUCCCUACAGACUUGAUCACCAUGCUUUCUGCUGUGCUUCUAGUACUGCCCAUGUUUUUGUUGGGAUGUGAUGGAAUCGAGACGAACGCCACAGUCUACUACAACCGCGGUCAUGGAUACAGCAUCAAGUUUGGUGUAGUUGAUACUCAGAAAGGUGUGGCUUAUGGGUUAUACCAAGAUAACAUUAACACAACGGGGUGGGCGGUGUUGGACGUCGUGUCCGGGACAGGGGUGGAGCCUGUUGAUGAUGUUGCGCUCAUGUAUGCUGCAGGGUAUCUGGAAGGAGCUUUAACAGCAAGACAUAUUAAUUAUCAGUAUGAAAAUGUAUUUGGAAUAUUCUUCAAAUCCGAUGAUGAUCCACUGAUUGCCAAAGCAGCAAAGUUCUUCUCUGAUCAGGACACAUGGAUGCGAACGAUGAUUGCCUCAGAGUCUAGAAAAAGUCCCUUCUGGAGACAAAUGAGAAAUAUUCUAGCCCAAUAUGAUGGUCUAAUGGAGGGAUAUGCAAAAUAUCCAGCAACAGACAAGCCUCUGGGCAAGUUUGCGUUCCAAGUCGUGAAUGGAUUUGGAGAUCUUCUUGAUCUGAAAAAAGCGCUGAUGCCAGAACACAUGCCUGACUGGAAUAAGAUGAGCGACAAAGAGAUCGUCGAAAAGAUUGCUAUGAGUGGACAUUGCUCGGUGCUGAUCAAGGCUCUUCCUGCCUACGAGAACCUGUUUGCGUCACAUGUCACAUGGUUCCCCUACAGUGCUAUGUUAAGGAUUUACAAGCAUUAUCAUCUAAACCUGAGAGACGAGAGCACAGCGUCUAGAAAGAUGUCCUUCUCUAGCUACCCAGGAUGCCUUGAGUCACUUGAUGACUUUUAUAUCAUGGACAGCAAGUUAAUGAUGCUUCAGACCACCAACGGCAUUUUAAACAAAACCCUUUACGAGCAUGUCACCCCAGAGUCUCUUCUCUCUUGGCAUCGUGUGCGACUGGCUAACGUGAUGGCUUCGGGAGGCCGCCAGUGGGCUGAUAUAGUGGGACAGUACAACUCAGGUACAUACAAUAACCAGUACAUGGUCUUGGAUCUCAAGCGAAUCCAGCUCAACAAGACGAUUGAGGACAACGCUCUAUGGGUUGUUGAACAAAUACCAUCUCUUGUGGCCAGCGGAGAUCAGACACCAAUUCUCCGCGCUGGAUACUGGCCGUCGUACAACAUCCCUUUCUACGAGCUGAUCUACAACAUGAGCGGGUACCCUGCUUUUGCUAAGAAGCACGGUCAGAAGUUUUCGUAUCAGCUUGCCCCGCGCGCCAAGAUAUUCCGCCGAGAUCAAAGCAAAGUUCAAGACCUGAGCAGCAUGAAGCAUCUAAUGCUGUCAAACGAUUAUCAGCACGACCCCUACUCCCAGGGGAGUCCCUGGAACGCCAUUUGCGCACGUGGUGACUUGAUAGAACCCAAGCCUAAACCGAAGGGCUGCUACGAUGCCAAGGUGUCCGAUCUGAGUAUGGCGCUCGCUCUUACAAGCCACGCCCUCAGUGGACCAACACACCAGGAGCAAAAACCAUUCCGUUGGAGUGAUAACAACUUUAAAAGUAAACACUUUGGUCAGCCUGAUCUGUUCAACUUCGACUUUGUAGUGAUGAAGCCCGACCUCUAACCUAGCUACAGUGGGAAGAUAUUACAUAAUCGAUUUUAUGAAAUACUUUAUCAUGAAGAAUUUUUUAAGAAUUUAGAAUAAGAUGUUCAAGUCAUUCGUCGUCCAAGUACACAUUAUAAGCCUUUAAAA